AUGGUGAAUGAGAUUUAUCUUAGUAUCUAUACUACAUUGGAUUAUGGGGAUAAUUCCAAUGUACCUCACGUUCUUAUGAUGUUUGUAUUUCCAACAUUAGCGUGUUUAUCAUUACUCGGUAACACGUUGUUUAUUGUAUCAAUCGCCUGUACAGAAUUGAAAAAGAAGACCACUGGAAUGCUGUUAAUGUCAUCGAAUAUAUCUAGCAUGAUUCAAACCGUGGCUUCCAGUUGUAUCGUGUAUUAUCCUUGGUUAUUCGAGCAGCAAUCAUUGGGUGAACACUUCCCCUGUAACAUUCUGAUAGUAACGUACCACGCCCUGGCAGCUUGGUCCGUCUAUCUCUUAAUGUUUGCAUGCAUAGACCGUUAUAUCUCCAUCUGUCAUUCCUUGUCCAGUUUCGUCCUCAAUUCGCAGUCUGCACUAAAAACUUGCAUUAAAGUUGUUGUGGCUACAUUUAUAUUUUCCUGUGUAUUGGGAAGUCCAUUGGUAUGGUACUCAGCGUUGACAGUCAUUGAAGAGGUUCCAGGUGUUGGGAAUAUUACGUUUUGUUAUUACACCGAGGAAAACUGGUACAUGGAGAUACAUGAAUAUCUUGAGAUGUCGUUAUACUCGAUUAUUCCUUUUAUUGUCAUUAUGUUCUGCAACGCAGCAAUCAUACGGAAAAUAUACUUUCAUAGAGCGAUGCUGGAAUCAUUUCAGAAUCCACAGAACGUCGGAUUGGAUCUGACAUGUAAACGACUGCCUCAUAUAAACCGUGCGGUACGACUUGCGUCCAUUUUACUACCAAUAUCCAUUCUUCAUUUAGUUUUCUCUGGUGUUGUGGUGAUUUCAAUCAUCUUAGAAGACGCUAUUGCCACGACUGCCUUACAGAAGCUGACACUCCUAACCGUGAGUUACAAUGCUGCUCAGCUUCAAGCAGGUUAUUACUUUUACGCUAAUAUAACGAUGUGUAGAGUGUAUCGCAAUCUAUUUAAGAAGUUGUUUUGUCUGUGUAGAACUCCAGUUGAAACUAGUCUCAAAAUAUUCAGUAAUUCCAGCCAACCUAUGCAGUGCAGGACAAACUUCUUGGAAUUACAACCUUCUGAUGUGAUAGACAAGCAUUGA